AUGGAAGAGACGCGGUCCGCCGACGACGGCCAGCGUGAAGAGAAGCCGCCAACUACUCGCGGGACCCGGUUCUGGCUGGUAUUUGUCUCGCUCUGCUUUGCAUCCUUCGUUGCAUCCCUGGACAUAACAGCUAUCACUACUGCCCUGCCAACAAUCACCCGCGAGCUCCACGGCGAAGAAAACUAUGUCUGGAUCGCGAACUCGUAUACGCUGGCGUCGGCCGUUGUCCAGCCUCUUACUGGGCAGGUCUCGAACAUUAUCGGCCGUCGAAACCCCAUGAUAGCCAUGGUCUGCCUCUUCGCGCUGGGCAGCGGCCUCUGUGGUGGCGCGACCUCGACAGCCAUGAUGAUUGCCGGGAGAACAAUCCAGGGGCUCGGUGCUGGCGGCAUUCUGCUUCUCCUAGAUGUUAUCGUAAGCGACCUUGUUCCCCUCCGCCAGCGAGCUCAGUAUGUCGGUAUCGCACUCUCUACCUGCGCACUGGGAACAUCCUUGGGACCGUUGAUAGGGGGCGUCCUAGUCGAGCAUGCUAGUUGGAGAUGGGUUUUCUACAUUAACCUUCCAUUUUCGGCCUUGGCCCUGUUAUCACUUGUUCUCUGCCUCAGAGUCCAGCACCAACGAGAAGCAACAUGGAAACGAGCUUUAGCUCGCGUCGAUUGGAUUGGAAAUGCCAUCUUCAUUGUCGCUAUCUGUGCUAUUAUGUACGCCCUAGUCAUUGGUGGUGCCAUUUAUCCAUGGUCCUCCUACCAUGUUCUCGUCCCCCUUAUCCUAGGAGCUGUUGGAUGGGCUCUAUUCCAUAUCUUUGAAGCAUCCCCUUACUGCCUGGAACCCACCAUGCCCCCUCGUUUAUUCCGGAACAGGACCUCGAUGGGUGCAUACGUCCUCUCCUUUCUUGGAGCGAUGUUGAUGCAGUGGAUAGUCUAUUUUCUAGCCUUCUUCUUCCAGUCCGUUAUGAGCCAAUCCACCACUAUGUCGGGAGUUUCUGUCAUACCCUUCACUGGGUUUCUUAUACCAUCCGCCAUCCUAGGGGGUGUCAUCAUAUCCAAAACAGGAGCCUAUCGCCCCUUACAUUGGGCUGGAUUUGCCAUCAUCUCCAUUUGCAUGGGGCUCUUCAGUACCUGGUCUGUUCGCACCUCUCGCGCUGAAUGGGUCACCCUACAGUGCCUCGUAGGUAUUGGCAAUGGCUUCCUGCUAACUAGUAUUCUCCCUGCAAUACAAGGCGCUCUUCCGGAAUCAGACAAUGCCACAGCAACUUCUGCCUAUGCUUUUCUUCGAAGCUUUGGUUUCGUCUGGGGUGUUGCUAUCCCAGCUGUUGUUUUCAAUGGUCAAGUCGAUCGCUUCCUGGGUAAGGUCGGUGAUCCAGCCCUACGUGACAAGCUCGCCCGCGGCGGCGCAUAUUCUCUAGUAGGAACUUCAUUUUUUGAAGGUCUAGGGUCCGAAAAGGGUGCAGUACAAUCGGUUUACACAGACAGUCUGAGAACAGUAUGGCAGGUUGGCAUGGCCUUUGGGUUGCUUGGUUUUGUCCUUGUCGGGGUCCAGAAACAUAUUGAGUUACGUACCACUCUGGAGACCGACUUUGGACUAGAAGAGACUCCCCAGCAAAGAGAUACAACAGCAGAAAAUGGAGCUGCCACAACGAACGAACCAGCGGAGGCAACAACCUCAAAGGCCCAGUGA